AUGGCGCCUCAAGAGGACGACACCGUUUUUCGGCCCAAGGACGCCAUCAAGUCCAGCCUCAGUGGCGCCGUCUACAGUGGUGGAGCCGGUCUCUUGAUCUCUUCGCUCCGCACCUCCAUGAAGAAGAACAACGUCGGCAGCAUGCACGUUUUCACCCACGGCGGCGCCACCAUCAUCAGCUUUGCUUUCGCCGGUGGUAUCUACAAAUUCGCCCAACAGGCCUCGGCGAACCUGCGCCAGAAGGAGGACGCCUGGAACCAUGCGAUCGGCGCUUUCCUCGGUGGAAGCGUCAUGGGCUUGCGAUCCCUUCGCUUCCCCGUCAUCCUCGGCUUCGGUGCCCUGGCCGGCGCCACUAGGGACCCCAACGUCGACGAGUACGAGAGGAAAGAGGCCAUGCGCCUGAACAGGAGGAGGCCGAUUGAGGAAACCCUUGCGGAAGUUGGCGAGGGUCGUGGUAUCUACCCACCCGGCUACCAAGAACGCCGACGUGCCAGACUCCUUGAGAAGUACGGAGUCGAGGUUAAGCCUGUCUCUGCGGAUCCCAACGUUGCUUCUCCUUAA